UUGAGGAGAGAAAAAAAAAGGGUUUAGAAAAUUAUGAAGCUUCUUAACUUUAAUUUUAUCCUUUUCUUUCCUGAAUGGGCAACCGAAAGAAGAAUAUGAAGAGAAGAAGCCCAUUUCUCUCUCUCUUUCUCUCACAAUGAGUGCAGAUUUUGACAACCAUAUCCUUAUUCUUCUCCCAUGUCUCCUCUCCUUUGGCCUUUUCUCUUCCAUUUUCUCAUUUUCCACUCAAUUCCUUUGUUUAAAAUUCCCCAAGUUUUCAUUUUCAUUUUUAUUUUCACAAUAUAAAAACAAACCCACCACUGUUUCAAAGCUGUUUUUGCCUUUUUCCUCUGUUUCAACUCUCAUUAUUACUUAUGGCUAAAGCUCCUUCUCCAUCACUGUUUGAUUUCUCAAUUUGAUUUUCUAUAAAAUCUCUCUCCCAAAUCCAAAUCCAAUACCCAUCUCACCCUUCUGUUUCCCCACCUCAUUUCCUUCUUGAGAAGAAGAAGGGGUGAUUGGUCUUUUGACAUAUAUAGAUAUCAAAAUCAAAAUUGAUCGUCAAAAACAGAGGAAGGGGAAAUGGAGAGGCUAAACUCAGAUCUGUACUUACAGAACUGUUACAUAAUGAAGGAAAAUGAGAGGCUGAGGAAGAAGGCUCAGAUAUUGAACCAAGAGAAUCAAGCACUUCUUUCAGAACUGAAGCAGAAAUUGUCAAAAGGGAGCUCAAAAGGCAAUGCUUCUUCCAAAUCUAUCCCUGAUCUUAAUCUCUCCUCUGCCUCUGUUACAAACCCUUCAAAUUCCACCAAUUGAUCAUAUAAUUCCACUCCAACAUGAUGAUGAAGAUGAUGAUGAUGAUGGUGGUGUAUCAUGACCCCACUAAAGUUGAUCCCUUUUUUGGUUCUUUUGAUUUUUUUUUUGGGUUUAUUUUUUGUGAAUUACCAUAGCCAACACUAGCAAGUAGUUUGGGUUUUCAGUUAUAUAGGACAGUCUCUCUCUCUCUAGCUUUAGCAUCUUCUCUCUCUAUAUAUCAGUUUCUUUUCU